AUGCCCAAGUAUGCCAAAUUCUUGAAGAACCUUCUCACAAAUAGAAAGAAGAUGGAGGAAGCAUCCAAGGUGGUUCUUAAUGAAAAUUGUUCAACUGAAAUGUUGAAUAAAUUGCCAAAGAAGAUGGCUAAUAGUUAUGCAUUGACUGAUUCGGAGGCAAGUGUGAACCUUAUGCCAUAUUCAUUCUUUAAGAAGUCGAACCUUCCGGAACUGAGACCGAUUCAAAUGGCGAUCUAUCUAGUAAACAAGAUGGUGACAUUUCCAAAGGGGAUAUGUGAGGACCUAUUGGUGAAAGUUGAUAAGUUCAUAUUUCCCGCAGAUUUCAUAGUGCUAGAUAUGGAAGAAGACCAUCAAGUGCCGAUCAUUCUUGGAAGAACCUUCCUAAACUCCGCAUGUGCUAUAGUGGACAUAAGAGAAUCAAAACUUACUAUUCGGGUAGGUGAUGAUUCAAUUACAUUUGGAGUCGAUCAAGCCAUGAAGCAUUCGAAGUACAGUGACGACGCGACCUUCUCUGUGGACAUUUUGGAAGAAUUAUUGGAGGAAUGGAAAGAAGACAAGUCGAGUUAA